AGCUUCCGUAUUGUGUGAUCGAUCUGUUGGAAUUAAUUAAGCAGGCCGUGGUACUUUUGUCCGAGUAGUAUUAUAUAGGAACUCCAUAAUCCAAUCCGUACGUGGUAUAGCAUAUAUACCUAGCACCACCGGACGAGAUCUAGCAAACCUCCGGCGAGAUCAGUCGACACCAGGUUCUGGCCGGAAAGCAAUCGGCACAAAGCCGCAAGCUUGUGCUACGAACGCGCUCUCGCCGGAAAAGUCGGUUACGAUGGUCGUCCCCGCGGCGGCAUCUCCCAAUCUUUACUUGCUCGACCUCGUGAAAUCCGGCCGCAUGCUCAUCGACCGUGGCCUCGUUCUCCCGGACGGCCAGGUGGACAACAUCUAUCUCCCAGUCGACACGUUCAAGCUCUUGCGCAUCGAUGACAGUGUUGUGUACAAGAAUGUCGGUGACAUCAAGGUGGUCGACAGGAGCCACCUCUACCCCGGACAGGUGGUCGGGUUGGCAUCUGACAUGGGCGGCCAGAUCGGCGUCGUCACCGGCGUCAACACCGUGCUCAACCUGGCCAAGCUCGACAACAACGGCGUGCCGACCAAGGUCAUCAGGGGGGUGUCCCCGUCUAGCCUGAGGCGCGUCAGGAGCCUCAACCUUGGCGACUUUGUCGUGUCCGGGCCGUGGCUCGGCCGCGUCGUCGAGGUGUCGAUCGAUGUCGAUGUGUUGUUCGAUGACGGAGCUGUCUGCAGGAUCACUGACGCGGAUUCCACGAACCUGGCGAGAGUGCAUGAAAUCGGCACCAUGGAGACCUUGCAUCGCCACCAGAUGAACAGUCAAUUCCACCAGGGGCAGCAGGUCUCCUUGCGAGGCGCUUGUUCACUCUUCAAGGAUGCUCGUUGGCUUAAUGGCUACUGGCAUCCUUACCGACAAGUAGGCACCAUCAUGAAGGUGGAGACGUCCGGCGUCCUCGUCUACUGGGUUGCAUCCAGGCAUUGUGGCACCGACAAGGGGCUAGUGGAGGCAUCCGCUCCUCCAGCCUACCAAAACCCAAACGAUCUUACGUUCUUCUGCGCUGCGUCCAAUUGCUGUUGGGGGCUUGCCGACCGCUGUUUUUUUCUUGAAACGAGUUCCGCCAAAGGGCAUGCAGCAUGUACACCUGAUCAAAAUAAGAACAACAACGAUGAUGAUGAUGAGAAGGAGGAGGAGUGGGAGGAGUGGGAGGGGGAGGAAUACAAUGCAUGCUCACAAGACAAUCAAGACGAGUGUGAAGCUGCUUCAACCUCUCAGGUGGUACCACCUACGAAGCAGAAUGAUGCGAGGUUUUAUCGGAAGCAGUUACGGAAGGUCGUCUUUGAGGGCCAUAGACGGGCGCAACGCCCACGAGUAAUGAGACAUGUGGAGGUGGAGUUUCCAAUGGUCGUCGCCAACACCUGCACCACCGUCGAUGUGUUGUGGCAGGACGGCACACGGCAACAUGGCAGACCUUCAGCAACCCUUGUUCCCUUUGGGAUCGUGAAUGAGCAAGAGUUCUUCCCGGGGCAACAUGUCGUCGCCGACGUCAUUCUUAACAAUGAUGUCAUUGACACUACAGGAGACCAUGUUGGCGGCACAACAACUACUAGUUUCAACAACGACAUUGCUGCUGCUGGCAUUGGACCAACGAAGUGUGUGGGCAUCGUCAAGAGCCUGCAAUACGAGGACCAGACGGUUUGUGUGUCAUGGUUAAAGACGCCAAGGCACCCUAAUGAGGCUAGGGAGGUCGAGUGCCAUGAUACCGUCAGUGCUUAUGACCUAAAAUUGGACUCUAACCACUCUGCUUACUACGGUGAUAUUGUCAUUCGUCUCCUACCUCCAGGAUCAACAGAUGACGGUGAAAGCACACCACCGUUACAGGGAAACAAGAAGACAAAUGCUAUUCCCGCCGAUCUUUCAUGGGUGGGGCGGGUAGUUGAACUUCCUAAUGGGCACAUCCAAGUCAAAUGGGGUGAUGGUAGCAUGUCAACGGUAUUGCCCCAUGAGAUCGCUGUUGUCAAGGACGAGCACUACAUGGAGCUAUGGAAUGAAAUGGGCGACUGGGUAGAGGACGAUGGCAUCGAUGGCGACUUGCUAGAGGACGAUGGCAUUGAUGAUGCACCCGAAGAACCAGCUGCAGCCAGCACGGAUCUAGGUAACGAUGUCGAAGGCGUCAACCCGGCAGUUUCGAGUACAAGCCUUUUAGGGUUUUCAUUCCGGUCUUUGCUCCAAUUGACCGGCGACAUGGUGGCUCGAGGUAAAGGAUACCUGAUGAACUGGCAGCCCUCGUCAACGUCGUUACCAAGCUCAGAGUUGCCAGUGCCCACGGAUGAUGAUAGCAUCGGUGGUGCUGCAAUGGUUAUUAGCGAUGCAGAUGUGACCAGCCACGGUUAUGACAAGGAGAGGACGAAGGCUGCAGAUGCAGAUGCUACCUGUUGCUGCGACGAAUCAUUCUACUUUCCAUGUUUCGAUGUACUACAGAUCAGCCCUUUGGAUCACCACUACCUUGACUCUACGGACCAGGAAAUGCAAGGCGCUAGUCGAGGGAAGAGUUGGGCCAAAACGGUGCAAAAGGAAUGGAAAAUUCUGGAGAAAGACUUACCAGAAACCAUCUACGUGCGAGCAUUCGAGGACCGCAUGGAUCUGCUUCGGGUGGUGAUGGUGGGCGCGAGCGGGACGCCAUACGAUCACGGCCUCUUCUUCUUCGAUCUGCAGCUGCCUCCGUCGUACCCGGAUGCUCCACCACAAGUGUACUACCACUCCUUCGGCCUACGCCUCAAUCCCAACCUCUACGAGUCUGGUACAGUGUGCCUCAGCCUGCUAAACACAUUCGGUGGCGAGGGCACCGAGGUCUGGUCGUCAGCAACGUCCAGCCUCCUCCAAGUCGUUGUCUCCAUCCAGGGCCUCGUCCUCAAUGACCAACCAUACUACAACGAAGCCGGCUAUGAGACACUGGCCGGCAAACCGGAGGGCCACCGCAAUGCACUGCCCUACAAUGAGAAUGCUUACCUACUAACCCUCCGGACCAUGCAACACCUUUUACGUCGGCCACCUCGGGGAUUUGAGGAAUUCAUCAAGGAACACUUCCGCCGUCAGGGAAAAUUUGUGCUUAGGACAUGCAAUGUGUGGCUUCAGGGAAAUGUUGUUGACGAUGCCCAUGCCACUGAAGCGACUAGGAAGCGACCGUGCUCGGCUGGGUUAAGGCUUGCACUCACAAACAUGACGCCAAGCCUCGUGGCAGCGUUCACCGAGAUCGGCGCCGAGGGGUGUGAAGAGUUCCAGUAGCUGCAAAUCAAGUUGCCAUGUGCUCUCAGCACCACUCACUAGACAGAGGAGUGUUUGAUGGUGGGAGCUUUGCUGCACAUGGGGGGCAGGUUAGUUCAAAAGAGGGGUCCGUGGAUAUAUGAUUUUUGGUGACGGUGAUGGUCUUGUAAUCAUUCACAUUUUUGUUCUACAACAAUCACAUACUCCUUUUUGCUUUAUUUUCUCGAUUAAAAAGGAGUUCAGCAAGAGAGGUAUCAUUGUGGACUACAUCAUUUAUCUAUCAACAGAUAUAAAGGCUGGGUCUAUAUUUAUC